AUCACAAAUUUCCAUUGUAUCUGACCCACAAGCCUGUCUAGUACAAGGCAGAAGCUUACUUGCAACCCGACACUACAACUGGAUGCAACCAGAAUGCUGGUUCGUAAUUCGGUGAAGGCGAUUACUUUGUUCUGCAAUGACAUUACCUGGCAGAGGUAGUAAAUUAAACGUCAAUAAACAUCCGCAUUCAACAACGAUACUCAGCAUUCAUUCAACAAGCAGAUUGCUCAAUGGUGUAAAACGCUGACACCGCGAUCUGUUGUCAAUGCUGUAUUACUCAACGUGCUACUCUUGUCAGAGGGCGAAGAGAUGUCUGGAUUUGUAACGAUUGUUCUACUCUUGGGCACAUUCAUGACCUCUUGUGUGACUAGUCACCACCAUCACCACCACACGGCAAUCCUCCGGCUACCACCCCCGCCCACAACCACCACCACGACACCCAAACCUCGCGGCGAGCAUGACCUUAUACUCGAUUCAAUCUGGGACGAUUUCAAAGAUAAUUUCAAUAAAACAUAUUCAAGACGUUCAGAGCCACUUCGGCGUCUUGCGUGGGAGGAGAACCUCCUGAAGGUACAUCUCCACAACGAGGAGGCAGCUAGAGGACAGCAUAACUAUACCCUUCGGGAAAACCAUAUGGCAGACAUGACGGUGAAUGACUACCUGCGAGAGAUGGUGAAACUUGUACGGAGUCGCCGGCGAAGAUGUGAUGACUCUGACAUCCUCAUGAUGGCUUCUCCAGACUCUAUUCCAGAUGAGGUGGAUUGGCGAAAGAAAGGGUUCAUCACUCCUCCCAUGAAUCAAAAAAACUGUGGCGCCUGCUAUGCCUUCAGUAUUAGUACUAUGGUGGAGGCUCAGGUGUACAAAACUACUGGCCAACUUGUUCACCUUAGUGAGCAGCAGAUAGUGGACUGUUCUUAUGAGACUGGCAAUCUUGGAUGUCAAGGGGGUUCUGUCAAGAACACCAUGCGUUAUGUCAAGAAGAAUGGACUCAUGCUGGACAAUGUCUAUCCCUACACAAAUAAGCAAACGAUAUGCAAAUACAGGGCAACCUCAAAAAUUAUCACCAUCUCUGACUGGCGUUUGCUACCCCCUCAUGAUGAAGAAGCUCUCAAAGUCGCUGUAGCUCAAAUUGGACCUGUGGUUGUCUCCAUCAAUGCCAGCCCUCAUACCUUCAUGUUAUAUCAUAAUGGUGUAUACCAUGACAAAGACUGCACAUCUGACAAAGUGAACCAUGCUAUGUUGCUGGUAGGCUAUACCAAGGAGUCUUGGAUACUCAAGAACUGGUGGAGUGAACACUGGGGCGUCAAUGGGUAUAUGUAUCUCUCCCGAGGCAAGAAUCUCUGUGGAGUUGCCAACUUUGCAGCUUAUGCCAUUCUAUGACGAGUAACUAAACUGUUUAUCUCCAACUGAACAACUAUAUUGGAACAACUCUUAUUGGCUAACUUUUUAAACCAACACCACACAUUAGCAAAAUACAAAAAUAUCAACAAAUUCCAAACUAACAGUUUCAGUUGAAUACAUGAUAUAAAAACAUAACUACACAAUUCUCCAUUAUAUACCAGAUAUAAAACUUUUCUACUAGCAACUGACAAAAGUGAUCAAACAAUAAUGAUCACUUUGAACUACUUUGUAUAGAAAAGGUUGGGUCUGAGUUUGAAAGAGGAAACUGUAUUACAUGAUUAAUUAUAAGUAUAAAUUUCACUCAACACCGCAACUAUUAAAUUUGUUACUUCUGUUUUGUGUUAAAUGGACAUUAUUGUUGUAGCAUUUUAUCGGUAUUAAGUUCCAUUACAUAAAAAAGUAAAAAAUUAAGAUACAAUUUUGUUUGAACUUUAAACAAAUUGUAAAUAAUACUUACAUAAUAAUCUAUUAAUUUAUUUUAAUUCACACCAGUAGUUCUAGAUUUUUGAUACUUUUUUACUACCUUACUGUUUAUUUGUAAAGAAAUUAACUAAAAAAUCUAUUGUUAAUAUUAGUUUUAAUUUAUUGUUAUUCAGUAGAGUUCAAUUUAUCUGAAGUAAGUGGGAUUAGAAGCACCUCGGAUAUAAACAUUUUGGUUAAUACGAAAACAAUAAUAUAGUUAAAUUUGAUGUAGGGUUAUGGUAGUUAAUUAAAACAUUGCCUAAACGUACUGUAGAGAACAAACAUCAAUUUGUAAUACAAGAAUAAACCCUUAAGUUAUAAGUACAUUGUUGUAAUAGAACAAACUAACACUGACAAAAUCUGCACUUUUUUGUAGGUCUGUUAAUUUUAUUUCCAUUUCUAUUUGUUGCUACAUUCCAACAUUACAUGAGCCAGAGUACAUUUUCCGCUUUAACCACAGCUUAGUCUAUGUAGGCUAAUGCUGCCACAAUAAUAUUAAUUGUCUGUGAGAAACAAUAAUGUACUUGUGUUUAUUGCUGAUGAUUUACAAAAUCUUAGAACCAAUACAUUGUAACGAAUGCACUGAUAUAUAAGUAAGUGUUGGACAUAUGCAAGUCUUACUCAAGAAAAGUAUCAUAAUUUGGUACAAACUAAUUAAAAAAUAUAAUUCUAUGGUGUCAUACCAGACAAAGCUGAUGACUGCGUUUCAAAAGAUUAUUGUUAGCACUGUAGCCUCAUAAGAUAUAAAUUACAAAUCAGUUACUUUUUCAACUAGUUCAAUUAUUUCGAUUUAAUUUUUUGAGGUGCUCAUUGAACACAGAAGCUUUGAUAAUCAUGACUGCUGUACAUAUUUGUAGGUCUAAGUUUAAUAUUAAAAUUACUAUGUUUCA